AUGUGGAACCCGAAACCCCUUCUUGUCGUCGUCUCACUCUGCAUCUCGGCGCUGUCGUCGCCGUGCACGGCAGCCAGUGGCGCCGGCAAGCCCUUGGUGGCCGCCGUCACCAAGGACGCGUCCACCUCCCUCUACACCGCGCCGCUCAAGGACGGCCACCCGCUCGUCCUCGACCUCACUAGCCCGGUCAUCUCGCUGACGACGUGCACCUCCAAGAAUGGCACGGUCACGACGCUCUCCGCGAACGCCACCGACGGCCAGAACCCGCUGUUCCCGGUCUCCUUCUCCGCCGUCGCCUCCUGCACGCCGCAGGCAAAGGUCCCAGCUGGUGCCGUCGGCGUCGCGGGCCUCGCGCCGUCGAGCCAGUCGUUCCCGGUGCAGGUGGCGCGCACGCAGAAGGUCGCCAACAAGAUAGCGCUCUGCCUCCCGAGCGACGGCAAGUCCACGUCCGGCAACAGCGUCGGCGUGGCCAUCUUCGGUGGUGGUCCCCUGUUCUUCAUCCCGCCGGACCGCGGCGACUUCACCACGAUGCUGGCCGGCACGGUGCCCCUCCACGGGUUCAACGGAUCCCCCGGGUACUACGUCUCCUCCACCGGCGUCGCCGUGGAGCAGAACCGAGUUAGCACCUCCGGCGGCAUGCUCGUCAUCGGGCUGAGCUCGACGAUUCCCUACACGGCGGUCCGGCCGGACGUGUACGUCCCCUUGCUGAGGGCUUUCGAUGCGGCGGCCUCCGGGCCGAACUUCCCGUGGAUGUCGAGGGUCACCGCUGUUGCGCCGUUCGAGCGGUGCUACGAUUCGACGAAGCUGCCGCAGUCGCUCCUGGGCUACUCGGUGCCGCAGAUCGACGUGAUGCUGGAGGGCGGUCAGAACUUCACGGUUCUCGGCGGCAACUCCAUGGUUCAGGUGAACGGCAACACGGCCUGCCUCGGGUUCGUCAAGGCGGCGGCGGGGCAUGCGCCGGCGGCGGUCAUCGGUGGGUUCCAGCUGGAGAACCACCUGCUAGUGCUCGACGUGGAGAAGAAGCAGCUUGGAUUCACCACCUUCCUCAAUGCCAUCGGGCUUUCAUGCAGCAACUUCAAUUUCACUCUUGCCGCCUAG